AUGAGGAUUGCUGUCAUGGAAGGUCCCAAAGAUCUCCGUAAAUCUUUGGAACAAGCGCUUCAUGAUAUGGCAACCCAAGGUCCAGAGAAGCAGGAGCAAUUCUGCCAAGUAUUUGCUAACGCUUUGCAAUUCGUGGAACGAGCCAUCUCGGAGGAAAUUGCGCAUCAUGAACAGUACGCCUCCUCCUUGUUGAGAAGCAUUGAGCUCACCAUCUCCGUGCCCGAACAUCAGUCUCCACAGCAAGAAGCUGAUUUUCGCCAAGCGGCUCAAGCCCAAGUGCAUAACAGCAAGCUUCUCUCGGCUAAUGCUAAGAGAUUUGGGCAAAUGCUGCUUGAUGUAUCUCGGCUUGCGGAUACCAAGAUUUCUACUGAUAUCACAUUCGAAAAGACGGUGCAAGAACGCCUCUUGUUCGAACCAUGGGCUCAAUCCUCGUUCACCAAGAUUGUGGUCCUUUUCAGUGACGUCUUUGAAGCACUUCGAGACCUCAAAGAAGCGGCAAGCGCAUCGGGAAAGGCGGGAGUCUGGGUAGCACCCGAUUCCUUUGAGCGAAAGACCACAAAGUAUUGGGUACCCGAAGAGAAUCUACCAGAACUACUCAUGACAUGUGCCAGUGAGGCUCCGUUCUUGGUGUAUGGAAAGACUGGCCGUCUUUCAAGAGCCGAAGAUAUUCCUUUGGACGAUCUGUGGAAGAACCUAUCAUCCAAGAUCUCGUCCAUCUAUUUCGAUUCGCCUUCACUGGCCUUGUACAAGGAGCGAAUCAAGCGAAGAGAAGGAGCACAGCUGUUGCGAGCUCGAUGGUAUGGGGAGAAGCCACCGAAGCCCGACCAGCCAGUCUUUUUGGAGCUCAAGACCCAUCACGAAAGCUGGAUCUUCGCCAAGUCGGUCAAGGAAAGAGUGGCCAUCCUCGAGAGGGAUAUGAAUGCCUUUUUGUAUUCGAUGGACUCGGUCAUGUCGGAAGGCUACGCCGAGUCUUUGGUACUGGCGGCAACACCCAAGUUGAAGGGCGAGAAGCUGGCCAAAGCGAUUGAUCUAUUGAUUCGGAGCCAUACCUUGGUGGUCCGUCACAAGUUGCGCCCAUGUGUUCGGUCAACCUAUGAUCGAUUGGCCUUUCAAUCCUCCAAGAGCAACUCCCUUCGUCUUACUUUGGACCGCAAGGUUGUCGUCAGUGAUGAACGAGGAUGCAAGCAAGGGGAACAAUGGUAUGUUCCUUUUGAGCCCUACGAAUCCAAGCCAGAUGGGUCCGACAGAAGGACCAUCCCUUUUGCAGUCUUUGAGAUCAAAUUGGGCGAGGGUCAAGAGUCUACUGCUUUGAAUGAAUGCAUCGACAAUGGAACCAUUUUGGAUGCUGCCAAGUUUUCCAAGUUCUUGACGGGUGCGGCAACCUUCAACACUGUGAAUCACUUGCCCUAUUGGGCGGACCAUCCUGCCUUUCAGACCUUCUUCUACCAAGCAUCGGCAUUGUCGUCAUCGAAACUAUCUUCUGUUCGUGAUGUCCCAUACAAUAAUGAUGGAGAGAUUAGUCUCACGGCAACGGGUUCCUCGGACGAAGCAGGGUUGCCUGGAGAUCGCAAGUCGAGCAAAAAGUUCUUGUCUUUCUUGCCGCAAAGAGUACGAGGAAAUGCUUUUGUGGCGCCGAAGAAGGCAGUCCGAAUCGAGCCCAAGACCUAUUUUGCAAACGAGCGAACCUUCAUUCAGUGGGUCAGUGCCGCCUUGUUCUUGGUGACUACUUCUGCAAUUUUGCUCGAGGCUGAAAAUGGAGAAGGCUAUGCCAAGCUGACGGCCACAACUCUUUUGAUCUUUGCCUUGAUCAUUGCGAUAUACGCGGUGGGACUCUAUUACUCUCGCCUUUGGCUCUUGACCAACGCUCGGCCCAACGGAUACAUCAGUCAUUUUGGACCCUUUGUUUUGACUAGUGCAGCCAUAGCUGGGACCUGGGUAAUUUUGCGUCAGAUUCGUUUGGUCGAAUUCCAGGAAGAAUUAGAGCGAAGCGUGGAGGAAGCGAGGAACAAAGUUCGCUUCGUUCAAGCGGAUCCUGGGAUGUGUAUGGAACAUGAUAUUAGUUCAUUUUCGCCAUUGGAAUUCGAGCCUAGUGAUGCACUUGUGGAUCUACAGCGCAACCAAUUGUUGGUUCCAUCUCUCUCGGAGAUUUAUGGUUUUCCUCUUCCUGAAUGGAACAGUGAAGGGGUUCUCGAGAUCCCAAAUGUUUCCUCCAGCAUUGUGGCACAGGUGGAACUAGCUGACUUUGGAUCGGCUACUCUGGUCGAUGAUGACACACUGUACGCCGUUUCUGAAAUCGAUAUUACAACCCUUGAGCAGUCUCCACAAAUGUACUCGUUUGAACGCGGAGAUUUUGGACGCUUUGAAGUCACUGGUCAAUGGAAGCUGGAGACACCCGAGCCUGAAGGUAUGGCCCUGGUUUCCAAAGGCAGGUCCUCCUCCUUGCUUGUCUCUGGUCAAAUCGGAGAGGGACCACUAAGUGCGGUCAUUAAACGUUUCGAUGUUCCCGAACCCAAUGGAGCGCCCAUCAGUCUGAAUGACAAUAGUACUUUUGUGCCCACGACACCAACGUUGGAAGCGAGCCGCAAUCUGAACGAGAAACUCAUUGACGCGGAUAUGGAGGACCCAAAGAUUGGAGCCAUGACCUACUUCGAAGGAGUCUUGUACGUCUUGCACGAAAAAGGCAAGGUCGUCCGAGCUUGGGACAUGGAGACAGGAACCUUCCGAGCUGAAUGGCCAUUGCCGGGAGUUCCAAACAGCAGUGGAAAGCAAUGGGAAGGACUGGCGUUUCAACGAAUCGAGCGUCCGAGACGAGCCACAGCGAUCGAACGAUCAUCUUCUUCAAACCCAAAGAACAACCUUCGCCGUCGCCGCAUCCAGACAACAGACGACGAUCCUCGAUGGAGAGAUGAUGAUGUCCAAGGAACUGAUGACGAUCCUCGAUGGAGAGAUGAUGAUGUCCAAGGAACUGAUGACGAUCCUCGGUGGCGAGACGACGAUGUCCAAGGAACGGAUGACGAUCCUCGUUGGCAAGAUGAUGAUGUCCAAGGAACGGAUGACGAUCCUCGUUGGCAAGAUGACGACCAGGAGGAAGAAGGAGAGGAGAAUAAUGUCCAAUUGAAUGAAGAAGAAGACGAGGAAGCAGAAGACGAGGACCGGGAAGAGGAAGAAGACGAAGAUCAAGAGGAAGAAGACGAGGACCGGGAAGGAGAAGACGAAGAUCAAGAGGAAGAAGACGAGGACCGGGAAGACGAUAUAGAGGAAGAGGAGGACACCAGUGUUUUGGUGCUCCACUUGACGCAUGAUACUCCCGCUGCCAUUUGGAGUAUCGUCGUAAAAGAAGGUGACAUGAAAGGAAGCAUCGAAUACCCACCUUGUGCUGAUGUUUUUAGGUAG